CACUCUCGGUUAUCAUUUCCGUUGUAAAGUUUCACAUUCCCGCCAUCAUCGCGCGUUGCUGCGAGGCGUAGUGCACGGGUUCACUGUCAACAAUAUAUAUACUGGGGAGCAGAUGAAUGCCGGCAAAACAAACUUUCUACUGGCGGACGACUUAUUAAUGCGAUAUUUGGUUCCAUAAAUUUGAAGACGAGUUCAAUAUCGUGGACAGGAUUCGUUUGAUUUCAAGCGAACGAGGAGCCCCGUCAGGAUAGCAAGCCAUGGCAACCAUAGUCCCCAAACUGUCCAGUGGUGGCGCUGUUAAGAUCCGGUUCACCAGCAUAGACGUGGGCACCACCAGAUGGAAAGAGGGAACUUUUGAGAUUUUGGAAAAGGAUAACAAAGUUAACCUCUGCCUCAGAUUCAACUGUGGCGGAGCAGCAAAAACCUUCCAGCUGAACCAGAACGUGAAAAACAUCUCUCAGAGUAUGACCCGCGUCAUGCUGACUUUGAAAGACACCAGUGUCAUCAUCCUGGACAAGAUGCCCCCACCUUUGGCUCAGAGGACAAAGGAAUACCUAGAAAAGCUGAGACAAGGAAAGCCAGUUUUAAAAUCAUCUCAUGGAAGUGCAAACUUCAGCGUGCUUGGCAACCGCACUAUGAAAAAUGACAGCAACCCUUCAGGGGAGAGACAGACCACUCCAAGGCGGCAGAGCGCAGAUGGUCGCGAUGACACAACACCGCGGAAGCCUCUAAGCAGCCCGAGCAGAGCAGUGUCCACCCCCACCCGCUCCGGACUGUCUGAAAACAGGAGUGAGAAGAGGAAGAGGCUCAUCAACUCUGAAAGUGAUCUGACUGAGGACUACCCCAAAGAAAACGAUUCCUCAAGCAACAACAAGGCCACUUCAGAUCCAUCCAGGAAGUAUCUUUUGAGCUGCAAAGAAAAACUGAAGCAGACGGAGGAGAAUCGGAGCACAGCUCCACUUGGCUCAACCCCACUUCAGCCAACAUCGUUCUACGGCAGUCGGUCUGUCACCAAAGACUACAGCCAGAGCCACUCUUUUUUGGACAGAGCUGCUGGCACUGCACAGACCACUUCAGCUAAGAGAAGCCUCAUGCUUCCCAAUCACUCCACUCCCUUCAAGAAAGUGCGACCCUCUCUGGACUAUGGUGGCUGGAAUAAGCAGAGGUCCUCUACUCUUGCCCAGCCACAGCCCCCACUGCAGGGGUUUUCCAACCUUGGCAACACUUGUUACAUGAACGCCAUUCUGCAGUCCCUCUUCAGCCUCCCCUCAUUCUCCAAUGACAUGCUGAAGCAGAGCAUCCCCUGGAAGAAGGUGCCCAUCAAUGCAUUGCUCAGACGCUUUGCUCAUCUAAUGGCUAAGAAGGAUGUGGGCUGUCCAGAGACUAAAAAAGACCUCUUGAGGAAAGUGAAGAGCGCCAUCUCCUCCACAGCUGAGCGUUUCUCUGGAAACAUGCAGAAUGAUGCUCAUGAGUUCUUGAGCCAGUGUUUGGACCAGCUUAAGGACGACGUAGAGAAGAUGAACAAGAGCUGGACAAAUGAGACCGCUUUGUCGUCCUCUGCAUUGUGCGAGAACGGCCCGGAGGCGACGGCAACGCCAACAAGUGGGAGGGGAGAGCCGGGCGAGGAGGCGGACACCUCCCGCAUAUACACCUGCCCUGUCGCCGUCAACAUGGAGUUCGAGGUCCAGCACACAAUAACGUGCAAAGGCUGUGGUGAGGUGGUGACCAAACGGGAGCAGUUCAACGACUUAUCCAUCGACCUGCCGCGCAGAAGGAAAACUCUCCCCCUCCGCUCCAUACAGGACUCCCUGGACCUGUUUUUCAGGAUGGAGGAAAUUGAGUACUCGUGUGAAAAGUGCAACGGAAAAGCAGCGACUGUAACGCAUAAAUUCAGCAAACUGCCCAGAGUGCUCAUCCUGCACCUGAAACGCUACAGCUUUAACGCCCAGCUGUCGCUCAACAGCAAGCUGGGUCAGCAGGUGGUCAUCCCCCGCUACCUGACCCUGCUGUCGCACUGUACAGACUCCACCAGACCGCCCAUCAGCCUCAGCUGGAGUUCCCAGGCCUCUGCGUCCAGAACGCUUAAGACGUCACAAUCAGUCAACUCCUCCACUACACCACUUCGGAGGACUGGGGGGAAAGUGGCCAAUAGCAGCUGCACUUCCAUCCUGUUGGACUCUGACUACGAAGAGGAACCCACCAGAAAGGUGAAUCUUAGCCGCAAGCGACGCAUAAGCAGCUGCCUUGCCGAGGACGAUGACCGUCCAGAAGAGAGGGGAGCAGCAGUGGAGUCGGCAGACUUCGGUGGCAUUAACGAUGACGAAAUGCUGGCGGCCGUGUUGGAGAUGAGCCGUCAAGAAGCAGCGCUCUCCGCACCGCCGGCGCCGGAGGACGAGCCAACCAGCAGCCCCGAUACGGGCUUCGGGGACACAGACGUCCAUGACCUGGCCUAUCACACAGAGCUGCUGGAGGCAGACAACAAACAGCCUGCAGAUGUGCUCGAUUCUCUGGAUUUGACCAUGGACGAAAACAAGGAGAACCAGACUCCAGAGGGUGUGCAGCAGCAGGGCGAGCUGGACUGGGUCCAGCAGUACAGCCUGGACCAGGAGAGGGAAGAACAGGAGUUGCAGCAGGCUCUGGCCCAGAGCCUCCAGGAGCAUGAAGCCCAGGAGAUGAAAGAAGAUGAUGAUCUUAAGAGGGCCACUGAGCUCAGCCUGCAAGAGUUUAACAACUCUCUGCCCGAGCUGCUGUGUUCAGACGACGACUCUGGAAACGAGGAUGUGCUGGACAUGGAGUACACUGAAGCAGAGGCAGAGAACCUGAAGAGAAACGCUGAGACUGGAGACUUGACCAACUCCUACCGACUUAUCAGCGUCGUCAGUCACAUUGGGAGCAGUUCCUCCUCUGGUCAUUAUAUCAGCGACGUCUACGACAUGAAGAAGCAGUCGUGGCUGACCUACAACGACCUGGAUGUGUCGCGCACGCAGGAGGCGGCCGUCCAGCGGGACCGCGACCGCAGCGGAUACAUCUUCUUCUACAUGCACAAAGAUGUGUUUGAGCAGUUGUCGGACAUGGAGCGAUCUGGAGCCAGCAGCACUUCAGAGGCGGGGAGGAACGUCCUGCAGCCGCUCUGAGAGCUGUGGCCAGGCGCACGUGCACGUGCACUCUGAUUUCCAGCUGACGCAGAGCAGAUCCAGCCGCCCUGUGAACGACCCUCUGUACUACUGAUUGCCGUCCGUUUGUGAUCGUCUUCAGGCACUUCACGUCCCUCCGCAAAUCUCUCAAUUCUGCUCAUAACACAGGUGUAAAAAUGUUAAAGACUUUAAGAUCUUGGAAAUGUAGUUAAAUUCCAUCUCCUUGUUUUUGGAGCUGGAGUUUUUCUGUUUUCUUUGGCAAUGAUUUUAUCAGUUUUGUAAAGGUUUGAUUUUUUUUUUUUUUUUGUUUUGUUAAAACAGAUGUUCACUUUAAAAUGAUCAAAAUGCCAGAUGCUACUGGUGCUGCGUGGACUGUAUGUUUGCAGAACCUUUAUUUCCCAUAGAAGCUGAAUAAAAAUAUAUUCUAUGUUGGACUAUAAACUAUUAUAAAGUUAGAGGGUGCUAUGUAGCGGGUACAGUCGGUGCAAUAUUUAUGUGGCGGCACAAAGUGGCCAGUUCGGUUUAGCUUUUGGGUAGUGUGGAUCAUUUCUCACUUGCUUUUUGUGUUUGACUCGCAACCUGAUUUAUCUGUGGUUUCUUUUAUAUUUGAAGGUUUCUGAAAGAACUCUGAUAGUUACUGAGCUCGUCACAGUUAAUCCCACGCCGUUCUUUUGGGGUUUUGACCUUGUGCCUCCUUAGAAAACUUCUAUAAAUGUGUGUACAAGCUUUACUUUAAGAGGUGCACCACCUUGUUAUUUCUGUACCAUUGUCAGACCUAAAUGUGUAAAUCAGAUGUUCGUCUAUAUAAAGCCAGCAGAUUGUUCUAUGAAUUGCAACAUACUAUAUGGCCCAGUUGUCUUAAUUACCUAAGACAAACUACAGGCAAAUUAAAGUUAUUACUACUAGACCACCAGGCAAACUAGCUCUAGCACAUCUUUUAUGUUCCAUCUUCAGAGCCAUCAGACAGUAUUUCACAGCUUUGAUCCAGGUUAAGUGUUCAGAUAGUUCCCGUUAGGCAUGUUUCCCGUUGGAAAACCCGGCACUGCUUUCCGUACCAGACAAAAGCUGUAUUCUUUUUUUUUUCUCGCAUUACAGAAGGUAAAACUUAAGAAUGCCACUGUUGAUCUGAAACAUUAAUCCUAACUCAAAUUUGCGUAAGACAGCAUUAUUGUGUAGUCAGCGUAUGCCCCAGGCCUGUUUAUUUUGGAAGUAAUCCACUAUUGGUGGAAUACACUGAAAUGAAUGUCUGCUGUUGCGAAAUUAAUUGUCAUGUCAGACAAAAAUGACAUUUGUUUUUCCAUCUUUGAAACCUUGUGCUCCCUUAGCAUCCCGCCUCAACGCAGUGUGAAGAAGUUCAAAUGUUUUUGUGAAAUUAGAACGAAAAGCUUUUUCUACCCUUCAUACACAAGUGACUCUUCCUAAAGCAGAUUUUAAUAAAAAAUUAUAGUGAACGAAUUCAUUAGUUUGUUUGUUUGUUUUUUCAGAGGACAAACCACGACGUCAAAUCAUUCCAGCAACUGCUGAUUGUGAACAAAAUAGCAGUGGUUUUAUAUUCUAACAUGAACAAUACCAUUUAAUUAAAUUAGCCAAGACGUAGCGAAACACGUAGUGCAGUUUUGGGCUGUGGGCAGGGGCCGCCGUCCCUGUCACCUAUCUUGACUGCAUCUCUUCAUCAGCGGCAGCAGAUGUCGACCUGUGAGUCUGUUGUAUUCACUUAGAAUGUAGUUUUCCUUCUGCAGCACCUCUUCCCAUUCUUCUUCUGUUUCAUGCCUGUAACCCAAGAGAUGGCAGAUGCCAUGUGCAGUGACAACUGUCAGAGCACCGUGCAGAUCCAGAGAUUCCUUCUGACACUGCUUCAUUAUGAACUCCACCCCAAGGAAAAUGUCCCCAAGGUUCAGCUCAUCUCUAUGUAGAGGACAAGGCAGUUUUCCAGGUCUCACAUCCUGAAUGGAAAUGAUAGGACGUCCGUUGGCACAUUUUUCUUCCUGUAAAUGUGAUUGAUUUGCUGAAUCCUGUGGUUGUCCACGCAAACAAUGCCCAAGUCAAAUUUCUGGAUGCCCAGAAUGUGUCUGAGAGCGUUAACGUCUUUGCGCAGUCUCGCGCGGCGAAGAGGUACCACCUUCUGGAGGUUCCGCAGUACUACUCCCAUUUUAAAAGUCGACGCAGUAAGAGAAUGCGGCUGUUUAAAAAAAAUGUUGACAUCAAAGGUAAACGUUGAAUCUGAUGCUAACUACGGCAACAGGUAGUUCAAGUAAUUUUAUAGCGAUAGUUUUGUUUUUUCACGAUAAAAGCUCGUCAGCUUUACGCUAGCCGCUAAUGAUGUUCAGUCAUUAAGGGUCGGUACAAUUCAAGGUGACACUUUCAACAUCUCCCUAAAACCGACUAAGGACGUUUUUGGUAUUGAUUUCGUAUGUGAGUAAAAAUAAAAAUAAAUGACUUUACUCCGUUAAAGGAAACGAAGGCUUGCCUUAUUGCUCCGAGCCCCAACUCAUUGCCAUGACUCUCUCGGAACGGACUUUUCGUUUGCGCGGGACCUUCCGUUAGUUGGACCGGAACCGGAUGUUAGAAAAUGUGUUUAUUCCAGUGAGCCAAAAAGAUACUUACGCGCACGAACAAAAAGACGGGACUUUUUAAUUUCAGUAAUUUAUAGCCUAACCUUACCUCUAAGGAAAUGUUUUUGCCAAGUAGAGAAAAAUACCAAAAAAACUAGAAGAACAACUUUUCGAAGAAACUUUGUCGGUGUUUGUGGUUAGCCUAUGCUAGCAAGUGAGCUAUGCAUCUUUGUUAGGCCAUUUAUUCGCAAUAUGCUCAAAGCUUUUAACCGGUAAGUGACCGGUCUUAGAAUAAAACUGCUGGAAUGCUCUGGCUAGGUUUUUUUUAAUCCGCCAUGAAUCCAUCAAAUCCAUUUGGCAGUCCUCAGGGAGCUUUCCAAGCUCCAAGCAGCACCAUGAAGACCGGUUUAUUCCAGUCAUUUGGGCAGCAGAGUUCCAGCACUCCGGCCCAAAGUAUGGGGUUUUUUCAAUCAUCCGGGUUUGGACAGUCGUCUGUUUUGAAUCAACCUGCAUCCCACGGAAAUACAAUCUUUGGACAAGCCCCAACCUUCGGGCAGCAGCCUCAGCCCCCGCCAGUGCCUGCGAUGAGCCAAGCUCCAGCAUUUGGACAACCAUCAUUGGGAAUGACUAGUUCAAAUUUCUCUAGUAGCACCACUCCAGCUUUUGGACAGAACCAGGGUUCGGUCUUUGCGCAGACAUCUGGAUUUGGGCAGUCUUCUGCGUUUGGGCAGGCUGCAGGAUUCAGCAAACAGCAAACGGCUGUGUUCGGCCAGCAGCGCUCUGCGUUCGGACCCUCUCAGGUGACCACAGACCCCACCACGACCCUUGGGCAGCCUCAGCCACUCGCUUUUGGACAGUCUCCGUUUGGACAGCCAGUUUCGUCCACCAGUGGCCCCACCGCUGUGUUCGGUUCGGCUCAGAGUGUGACCCAAAGCAGAGGAUUUGGUUCUUCUGAGUUUUGUUUCAAGCCAGCCAACAAGGCUCGAUUCAAACCCAUUUUCAACGCCAGCCCUGAGCCAAAUAACCCCCAAACUUCCUCCAUAUCUAGCUCCACAUUUGGCGGUUCCGGGCCCCAGACGAGCUCCAACACCACUACCACCACCACAGCCGGCUUUUCCCUUCUAACUGCGGCUAAGUCUGGACCACUGGGCUUUAGUUUCUCACAGCCGGCCGCAGCCCCGUCCAUUCCCAUUCAAAGCAAUCCCUCUGCUGGAAAUGGGAGUGGUACAGCUAGCACUCUCCAGUUCACCUUUUCCCAGCCAGCUGCCCCCUCCAGCUCCUGCACCACAACCUCCACUACAGAGCCCACGACCCCUUCAACUUUCAGUUUUUCAGCCCAGACCCUCCAGAGUCAACCGGGAACCUUAUCCGAGGCGUCCAGCUUUGGUCAGCCCUCCACGUUUGGGCAGACAAACGCUAAAGGAGAGACAAGCGCUGACGAUAAUGGGAGCAGCCUUGCAGGCCAGCCAGAAACAAAUGUAUUUGCACGAAUUGGCAAAGGUACCAAGCGCAAAGAUGAGGAAACGGUUUCAAGCUCAGGACUAGAGAAGCAACCAGACGAGGAGGGCGACGCCCCCGGAGCAGAUCCUCUAAGGCAUCUUUCAAAGAGGCCUCUGAUCAGGUCCCGUGGCUUAUUUUCUGAAGCACUAAAGGGUAUUGGUAAAGAACGCACAAACCCAGUGAGGCGAGAAACCACUAAGGAGGGUCAGAUGCAGCCAAAGGAAAGGGAUGAUGUCCACGCUUUCGCUGAUGACCCGUCCAGUAAACCACCGGCCAUCCAGCUACUGAGCAGAGACGUGCUGGAAAAACCUGAAAAUUCAGAUUUAGCUGUUUCUCCAGACCCAACGGCCGAAGGGCUGACCCCUGUUCGUCGUGGAGCGCGCAGGGAGAGCCUGGACAGCCUGAGUGGCAUGGUUCCCAAUGACAUCAGCACCCUCCAGUGCAGGAACAUCCCCCCCGCCCUCAACAAAAAGGACGUGAUCGAGAAACACUUUUCCCGUUUUGGAAAAGUCCACAAGGUCUUCUGUCGACCCGCGAAGAACAUGGCCAUGGUUUACUUUGACAACCACGCUGCUGCUGCUAAAGCCAAGAAGAAGGGCAAAAUGCUGCACAGGCACGAGCUCCUCCUCCUGUGGCACAAGAAGAAGCAGAGUCCGAGGGACAAAGGGAGCAGGCCUGCGAUGGGAAAGGACGAGGCAGGAGAAGAAGAUCAGGAAGUGACAGACUCCAUAGCUGGUUCCUCCCCCUCCAGAGGGGCCACAGCCAGGCCCACAGCACUCGGCGGAUCAUUCCCUCUCAGCAAAGGCUCUCCCGUCAGGAGGUCGUCCCCGGUCAAGAUGCUGCAGUUCGACUCGGAGGUCCAGAGGGAGGUCUGCGCCGAGACCCAGGGCCUGGAGCGCCCCGUCCCCGUCCCCUCUUCCCUCGUCCACCUCAUCGACCAGGUGGCCGAGAGCGCAGAGGAGAAGUACCGCCUCCUGGAGCAGAGGGACAAAAUCCUGCGUCAAGGUCGGCCCAAGCGGACGGACCUGCACACGUCCAGCGUUUUCGUGGGCACGUGUCCAGACAUGUGUCCAGAGAAGGAGAGGUACAUGAGGGAGACGCGGAAACAGCUCAGCAUAUACGAGGUCAUCCCCAACACGGAGAUGGUGGAACACUCGGCGGCCAUCAAAGAGUACAGCCGGUCAUCAGCCGACCAGGAGGAGCCGCUGCCCCACGAGCUGCGGCCUCUGCCCGUGCUGAGCAGGACCAUGGACUACCUGGUGACGCAGAUCAUGGACCAGGGCGAGCAGAGGUACCGGGACUGGUACGACUUUGUUUGGAACAGGACGCGGGGCAUCCGCAAGGACAUCAUCCAGCAGCACCUGUGCUGCCCGCACACCGUGUCGCUGAUCGAGAAGUGCACGCGCUUCCACGUGCACUGCGCCCACCACCUGUGCGAGGAGCAUAUGUCGUCCUUCGACGCCAAGAUCAACAACGAGAACAUGACCAAGUGCCUGCAGAGUCUGAAGGAGAUGUACCAGGACCUGGCCUCGCAGCAGGUCUUCUGCCCGCGCGAGGCCGAGUUCCGCCAGUACGGCGUGCUGCUGCGGCUCAACGACGGCGACAGCCUCCGCGAGGUGCAGCAGUUCCGCGACGAGGUGCGCAACUCGCCCGAGGUGAAAUUCGCCGUCCAGGCCUUCACCGCCGUCAGCAGCAACAACUUUGUGCGCUUCUUCAAGCUGGUGAAAGGAGCCUCGUAUCUGGCCAGCUGCCUCCUGCAUCGAUACUUCAAUCAGGUCAGAGCUAAAGCGCUGAAGACCCUGAACCUGGCGCACACAGUUGGACCCCGAUCCACGCCUUUCCCGGUUGACGAUGUGGUUCGAAUGCUGAUGUUCCACAGUGCCGCCGAGGCCGCCGACUUCAUUCAGCAGUACGGCCUCAACGUCAACGACGGUGUGGUGGAGCUCAGCCGGAUAGCUUUUCAGGAGCCCGAGCUCCCCCUGUCCCCGAAAAAGUCUGAGGUGAUCCUGGCAAAGAGAACGGUGCUGGUGGGGCAGGUGGUGAACGGGGGCCCUCUCCCCACCCCUCCCCAGCACACCCCAGUCUGCAGUUUUGACGUUCAGAAUAGAUACCGUGCUAUCGAAGACGCACUGGUUGGGUCCACCACCAGCUCCAUUAAAGCUUUCGCCCCCAGCGUGGAGUUUACAGCAGCACCCAGCGCCGAUGUGGCCGCCCAGUUCCUUCCGGCCAAGGCCCCCGACGCCCCCUCUGCCUUUUCGGCCCCCCCCGCCCUCACUAACGAGACGGGGGAGCCCAGCGAGCCGUUCUGCCCGUUUGCCCAGACAGCAGACGCCACGCAGCUGUUCCAGCCAAUCCCCCAGCCCGAGCUCGUCCACCCGCCGUCCCCUCAGCCCGCGUACACCGACGAGGACAUUAUUGCCGAGCUGGACGGUGUGAUAGAAGAGGUGGUGGAGGCGGCACUGAGGGAGGUGGCCGACGCCGGCGCCCACUACGCGACCACAGCCCUGGCGGAGAGCGCUGUGCAGGUGGAGUCUCUCGUGAGUGAAGUGUUGGGACAGAUGUUGGAGGAGAUUUCCUCCAAUGAGAUCAAGUCGGAACAGGAGCGUGUGGCAGAGGAGAAGCGCAAUCUGGAAGAAGCAAGGAGACGGCAGGAGCACGAGGCCUUCCUGGCCGAGUUCAGCUGCUCUCUGUGCACGGAGAUCCUCCACGAGGUGUUAGACGAGACCACGCAGGAGGUGGCCUCCUCCCAGAUCCAGGCGGCCGUGAACGAGCGGGCCGAGCGCGUGGCCCGCUGCACCGAGCAGAUCUGCAGCGGCUUGAUCGAGGAGACCGUAAGCGCCGACAUCGCCCUGCUGGUGGAGGACAUCCUGGAAGCUCAGCUGCUGCGCAUCCACAAAUACAUAAAGAGGUGGCGUGACGUGGUGGCGGUGCGUCGGCAGCUGAAGAGACAGAUGCGCGGCUUCCCCGCCGCCCCUUGCUGCGUCGAUCCCCUCUUCAAACUGAAGGCCCUGGCCCCCAGCGCCCCCGCCCAGCCCUCCAUGGCCGAUCUGGCCCACGGGCUGGUCGACCUGGGGAACGCCGGCAGGCUGGCGCUGUCCAGCACCAGGCUGCUGAAAAUGAGACAAGAGGCGAUCCACCAGAUGAGAGUCCACUACUAUUAUCAGCUGCUGCUGGAGGAGACGGCUUGGGCUCCGCUUGACCUGCCGGCGCUGGUGGCAGAAAAUCUCCAAAGUCCACACGACCGGAUCUUUUGGAAAGUUCUUCUGCUUCUACCCAGUGAACAUGAAAGCGUGGCCGACCUGUCAGACACGAUCCUGUCAGACUGGCUGGAGGUGAAGUUUGGAAGUGAAAAAGGGCCCGAGGAGCAGCCCGGCAGUAGCCUGCAGACACUCUGCGUCACCAACACGCUGCAGCAGAAAGGACAGCGCACUCAGAAAGUCCACAUUACCGUCAAGGCAUCCCGAGGCCCGCUGGCCAUAGACGACCUGUCCACAGUGGAGGAUUCCAGUGAGCUCCAGGGGACGGGGGCCCUCAUCAUGCUGGUCCCGGCCCUGCGCGCGCUGAAGAGCGGGCCCGAGGAGCAGGACGUGCCCCUGCUGUCCGCCCUGCUGCAGCUCAAACAGCUGCAGCAGGCCAACAGCUGGCACUGCCCCCUGCCUCUGGUGCUCCUGGUGCCCGGGCUGGUCGUGGGCUCCGCUGACCAGCACAGAGUCGAAGAAGCUCUCAUGCUGCACACGCUGAUAAAGGAAGGCCUAAUAUCGGAGUACACCUUCUUUUUCAUACCCGAGACCACAAGUGACCUGCAGGGAUCCAAACAGUUAAGUCAGGCUCUGGGCUGGCUGCUGUCCCGCGCCCCGCCGCCUUUCCCGCUGUCCUGCCAAACCCUGGCCCAGCUCAUCGAGACCACGUUGAGCCGCGAGUUCAGCCCCAGGAUUUACAGCCACCGGCAGGAGCGGGCGGCCAGCGGGCUGCCGCCGCAGGACCCCGCGCCCGCCGUCCAGCUCUACAACGCCGUCCUGGCCCACGUGGCCCAAAAGGUGGCCUCCCCGGACCUCUGCGCCCUCUCCUGGCCGCCGGGGGAAUUCUUUCUGCCCGACACGCGGGAGUUCGUGCCGCAUCUGUCCUGGAACUCCGCCAAGCAUCUGGCCUGGCUGCGCGAGGCUAUUCUCAGCCUACAGCUGCCACAGUGGGAGGCUCCGUCAUCAGACUCGUGGCCGGAACUCCACUCGUCUGUCUUCCACUACGCCGCAUCCAUCCCCGCCUCACGCAGCAACCAGCCCGUCCUGAUGUCACGGCUCCAGAACCUCCUGGAAAGGGUCCGGCUGAAGGCCCAGCAAACCCACGGCCCCCGGACCAGGGACCCCGUCACAGACCUUAGCGAAGGAGCCUUCAGCUUUAUUCCAUGGGACGAUGUGGUGGUCAUAUGUAUAGACCACAAGCUGAAAGACUGGCAGGUACCCGGACCAGCCAUCUGCCAGGAUGCGGUGACAGAGGACGGAGAGAUCCUGGUUUACUUCCCCGCAGAGUCCCUGACCGGCUUCGAGCCGCCGGACGAGUGGACACAGGCGGUCAGACAAACGCACAGAGAGAAGCAGCAGGAGAAGCAGAAGGCAGGUGCAGCUACCUGUGCCCCAUCAGACAGUCUGUCUGUCAGGCAGAGGCUGUUCCACAGCCUGGAAGAGUGUGUCGAGGCACCGGCAGCCCCACUAGACAUCUCACACACUCCCACAGCACAAGAGCUGCAGGCCUUCAAAGUCCUCCAGAGCCUACGAGAAGAGAAGGCCGAAAGCCAGAGGAGUAUGGAGCAGCUUCAGCGCUGGCUGGACGGAGACCCUUUAGACCACUUGUCCACACCUCUCUUCAUUCCAUCCUCCACCUUGCUGUCCAUGCCUACAACCAGAAAGGGUGCGGCCAAAGAAAAAAGCCAAGAAACUGCUACCACACAGAAGCCAGAUCUCGAUGAGCAGCCAGAAGCCGCAGCGUGGCUCAGACCCCCUCCUGUGUCUAUGGCCCAGCGACUGAAGGACCUGCAGCAACAGAUUUUAGCGAGCCAGGAGGAGGAGCUGUCCUGCAGACUGAAGCUGACCGGUCUACUGAACAUUGUGGAUGACUGACGAGAUCCUGCUGGGAGAUCCUUUAAAUAUACAAAUCACCGUGGUUUUUUUGUUUGUUUUUGUUUUUUUGCAGUUACGUUACAUUCAUGGAAACAAGCUUGACAUUAUUCUACAGUAUUGCUGCAGUAGAAUCUUCUUGCCGCAAUCGUGUGUGAAGGCUUUAAUUAGCAGGAGUCAAAUAAAGUGUUCUCCAUGAUUUAUACGUUUUUAGUGUACAUUUUUAUAUAUUUUACAUUUUUUAUGUGUUAGAUUGACUUCGCAUUUCAAGGUUUUGUCUUCUUACUGAUGAAUUAGGAUAAUAAUGAAUAAAAGUGUUAUAUUUAAUGAUGCUAAGA